CGUGUAUUUGCCGUCUACACGAUUCAGUGUCGUACAUUUCAUCGCCAUGAAUAGACGUGCUGUUGCCGCGAUUGUCACGAUAUGUGUUUCCAUUAAAAUGCGUAAAAAGAGAUCUAUAUGGGUUAAAGAUUGGAUUAAAAGAAGAGCGCAGCUAGGGGCAUAUAACCAAUUGUUGACUGAAUUGAAAAACGAAGAUCCAGAAUGUUUUAAAAACUUUCUUCGGAUGUCACACGACGAUUUCCAAUAUUUAUGUAACAAGAUUUCACCUGCGAUUAAGAAGCAAGAUACGAAUAUGAGACUAGCUAUUAAUGUAGAAGAACGUUUGGCGAUAACAUUAAGAUUUUUGGCAUCAGGAGAUUCGUAUCGAUCGCUCUCAUACCUAUUUCGGGUACCACAACAAACUAUCUCCAAAAUAAUACCAGAAUGUUGCGAUGCUAUCUAUAGAUGUUUAAAACCGGAUUACAUGGAGGUACCUUCAUCUGAAGAUUGCUGGGAAAAAAUUUCAGAAGAUUUCAAAAACAAAUGGAAUUUUCCAAAUGCUCUUGGAGCACUAGAUGGAAAGCACGUGGUCAUAAAAGCACCCCAACAUAGUGGGAGCGUGUACUAUAAUUAUAAAGGUACAUUCAGCAUUGUGUUAAUGGUAUUAGUUGAUGCCAAUUACAAAUUUAUUUACACAGACAUAGGAUGCAAUGGGAGAAUCUCCGAUGGAGGCGUGUUUGCAAAUUGUUCACUUUCAAAUGCUCUAAGCGACGGCAGACUUAAUAUAUCAGCACCAAGCCACUUCCCGGUAGGACCAAAUAUGUACCCUAUGUCAUUAUAGCUGAUGAUGCUUUUCCAUUGAAGCCUUAUCUUAUGAAACCUUUUCCUUUUCGUAAUCAACCUGGUCCUAAUCGUGUUUAUAACUACAGACUGUCGAGAGCUCGACGAGUGGUAGAAAAUGCGUUUGGUUUACUUGCAAACAGAUUUAGAAUAUUAAGGGAACCUAUAGAAUUAUGUCCUGAAAAAGUUAUAAAACUUGUAUCUGCAAUCUGCAUGUUGCAUAACUUUCUCUUGGAACGGAAUUCAAGGCAUGUGUAUGCACCACAAGGCACCUUCGACGAGGAAAUUGAUGGUGUAGUAACUCCUAGCAGUUGAAGACAAGAUCCCCCUCAGGAUAAUGUAUUGUUUUCAAAUAGACCAGUGGGAUCCAAUAUGUCUAAUGAAAGUAAAGAAAUCCGUGAAGAAUAUACAGAAUAUUUUGUAUCUCCUGAAGGCGAAGUUAGCUGGCAGUACAGAUACAUAAGUGAAAAUUAAUAAUAAAGACAACUUACCAAAUUUUGUUGUGUUUCAUUUGCUG